AUGAGUGGGAAAGAGUGCCAAGCGCUUGUGGUUGAGGCGCCUAACGUCCAGUCUUUUGACGGGAAUGCCUUUGGCGAUGGUGCGGUUCUGGGGUGCGACUUCGUAGGGACAGUCGAAGAGACAGGUGAUCAAGUAAACAAGCUCAACAAGGGCGACAUCAUCGCUGGGCUGAUUUGGGGAGGAGAAAUCAAAGGCAUCGGAGGGUUCAGCGAGUAUACUAUGGCCGACAACGACAUCAGCUUCCGGGUCCCGAAGAACAUCAGCCUCGAGGAGGCGGCCACGUUGCCGCUUGCUUCCAUGACAUCGUGGCUUGCUCUGUUCUCCAAAGAUUGUCUCGCGAUUCCUCGAGAGGGAGGAAAAGAUACAUCUGUCCUCAUUUGGGGCGGUAGUUCGAGUGUCGGACUUUACGCAAUUCAAAUUGCUGCACUUCACGGGUUCAAGGUCAUCACAACGUGUAGUACACGCCACUUCGACCUUGUUAAAUCCCUUGGUGCGAAGUAUGCCUUCGACUACCACGACGACGAUGUUGUCGAGUCCAUCAAGCAAGCGGCACCUGGUCUCAAGUACGUCUUCGACACCAUCGGCAACAAGUCCUCUUCAGGCUUGGCGUCUCGAGCAAUCGAUGAGAGAGGUGGCGGCGGCUUUUGCACUGUAAGACCCGGAAAGGCAAACACUGAGGAUGUCACCAAGCAAACUAAGGUGACCGAUGUGCUUGUCUGGACUGCCUUCUUGAAGGACCAUCGCUACGGCAGUUUCCAUUGGCCGGCCCAUGAGGCAGAUCACAAGCUUGGAACUGAGUUCUUCGAGAAGCUUGCGGGUUGGGUUGAGGAAGGCAAGAUCAAACCUAACAAGCCUAAGGUUAUUCCUGGUGGCCUUGAGGGGGUUCACAAAGGAUUCCAGGAGUACCGUGAUGGUAAUGUCUCCGCUACGAAACUCGUGUAUGCGAUUUGA